AUGGUGUCAUGUGGGGUUUGCGCCAUACUCUUUCUGGGCGGGUACAUCAUGGGAGCUGGGAUAUUGGUCCGUGUGUUUCCGCUCCGGCUCGGUGCGGAGAGAGAACUUCUUAAAGAGCGUUUUCCUUAUCCCGUAACGAAAAUUGCUCAUAGAGGUGGCAGCUUGAUCGGCCCAGAGAAUACCAUUUAUACCUUUGGCCGUGCAAUAAGCGUGGGUAACGCUGACAUGUUGGAAUUGGAUGUUCGCCAAUCAAGAGAUGGUGAAAUUGUUGUUUCUCAUGAUGCAGCUCUCCUAAGGACUUGUGGGAGUUUUCAUGAAGGGACAAAUGUGGUUGAUAUUGUUGUGGAUGGGAAUCCAAACAAGAAUCUACCCCAGUCACUAAGAGAAAUUCCAAUUCAUUUUGAGUCCCCUCAAAGAGGAGGAUGCUAUAAAGCUACAGACUCUGUUCCAGUGGAUGAGACGACGCGUCUAUGCCUAUUAUCGGAAGUUUUUGAUGUGUUUCCAGAUGUUCCUCUUCACAUAGAUAUCAAAUCGGAAGGCGCGGAAAUUACGAAAAAAGUGUUGAAAUUGGUUGAGCGAUACGGCCGGGAGACGAAAACUUUGGUUGGAACUAGUAAUUGGCGUAAUCGUAAACACAUAUACGAUUACUUUGUAUCAGAGCAUUUAUCAGAAAGUGAGCGUCUGCUAAAAAAAAGAAAGCGUUUUCGGAUUUUUGCGGGGCCCAUGGACUGUUUUGUUGUUUAUGUGGCUUAUUUUCUUGGUGUGCUUCCUCUGGUUCCCUUGGCAUUUGAUGUGUUUUCUAUUCCAGUUUUUACCAAAUGCAAAAUGAAAGCGCUAGGCUCUUGCUUUACACGUUUUAUUGCCUAUUUUGUGAACUCACCUGUGCUGUGGAAACAUUUGCAGCGACGAGGUAUUCUUGUUUUGGGUUGGGUGCUGAAUGACGAUGAGGAGUUUGAAGAGGCGUCUAACUGGCCUAUCAAUGGCAUUAUGUCCGAUGAUCCCAUCGCUUUAGAUGCAUUUUUUAGGUCGAGGGAGAUGCCAACAGCGAUGAAUAUCUUAUAA